AUGGACGAAGACGGACUUCCGAUCGUUGGAUCUGGAAUCGAUCUAACCAAGGUUCCUGCCAUUCAGCAGAGAAGAAUGGUUGCUUUUCUCAACCAGUUCAUCGUCCAUACUGUUCGCUUCCUCAACAAUUUUUCCACAGUGUGUGAAGAGAAACUUGCCAACAUAUCCUUGCGCAUCCAGCAGAUCGAGACCACGUUGUGCAUCCUGGAAGCCAAGCUGUCCUCCAUCCCAGGACUGGAAGACGUCACGGUAGACCCCAUUGGACGUCCCCAAAAUAUUCAGACCAACGGACGUGGUGCUUCAGGCCCGGGUCAGACAGAAUGCCCGCCAGAUCAAAACAGCACACCGGACGACAUGCCCAAACCGGUGGAGGCGAAUGCCAUGACAGUAGCCAAGGAUCCGCGUUAUGCCAAAUAUCUGAAGAUGAUCCAUGUGGGUGUUCCAGUGAUGGCCAUUCGGAAUAAAAUGAUCACGGAAGGUUUAGAUCCAGAUUUGUUAGACAAGCCGGAUGCUCCCGUGCCAGACGCGGGAGGGAAAAACACCGAGGAGCCCGACAUGUCGGACAGCGAGUCAUCCUUCAGUGAUUGA